AGAAACGGGUCAUGGGCUUCUGAUGGGAAUGGAAUUGGCAAAAGUAGUGGUUAUGAACAUGGAGAUUAUCAUCAUGGUCAUGGUGUUGGAGAUGAUGAUGAUGAUGAUGAUGAUGAUGGCGGUGAUGAUGAUGACAUCGUUCCCCCACAUGAAUGGCUUGCCAGGAAGCUUGCAAGGAGCCAGAUUUCUUCAUUUUCUGUGUGUGAAGGGAUAGGAAGGACCCUCAAGGGCAGAGAUCUCAGCAGAGUGAGGAAUGCUGUUUUGACAAAAACAGGUUUCCUUGAGUAAUGUUAUACCAUACCACCAACACCAAAUCAUCAUCAUCAUCGCAUACAUUGCAUAACAGUAUAGAUGAUCAUAUCCAUAAUGGUCAUCAUCACCCUCAUCACUCCAUGGGUCCCAUGAAACCUUUUUUUUUUUUCUUAGUUUAUGUGCUGUAGACGAUUAUAGUAUUAGGUUGAUCUUGGAAACUAGAAUCCCUCGAAGAAGUCAGAGGACUCAGAGCUGCCUUUUGUUUUGGUUUCUCAAUAUAUAUGAGGAUAGUUUCCAGCGUCUGAGAUUUUUGUCCAUGAGUUUAACAGGAUUGCUGUUUUGUGUGUAGAGUUCUAUUGCACCUGUAACAGCAGAAGGAAAUUAAUUAAAUCUUGUUUG